CCAAACACUUACCAAAUAGAAAGGCUCGUCCUCGUGUUCCCCUCCUGCCCAGCCACCAGUGACUCCACUCCACUCCACCGGUCCAUCCCCGCCGGAUCCCACAAGCUCUGCACGGCGAUAGGUAGCGACCAAGCUUCGCCUGUGAUACUCAAGAGGCUCGCCAUGUCCGCUGGCUCCUCCGCGAUCGUGGCCGACACGGCGCGCGGGCACUACCACCUGAAGAUCGACGGCUACUCGGUCACCAAGUUUGCCCUCCCUAAGGGAGAGUGCCUCAGGUCUCAACCAUUCUCCGUGGGAGGCCGCCGCUGGGUCAUCGAGUACUACCCCAACGGCGACCGACUCGUGGCCGCGAGGUACAUUUCCCUCCACCUCGUCCUCGACGACGUCGUCGCCGGAGAAGUGCGUGCGCAAGUCCAGUUUGGCUUUGAGGCAGACGAGGAGGAAAAUAAGCCUGCGCUCUCCUUUCUCAAGAGGCGGGGACGGAAGCCCGCGCCGUUGAAGCUCGGCAAGGUGGAGGCCCCCGUCCGCCCUGAUGUCUGGGAAUGUCCCAAGUUCGUCAAGAGAAAGGCCCUGGAGAAAUCCAACCAUCUCAAGGACGAGUCCUUCACCAUCAGGUGCGACAUCAUCGUCCUCAACGAGUUCCGCGCCAAGAAGGGGCUGCCGCCGGGCCCCGCUCUCAGAUCCAUCCCCGUGCCCCCGUCCGACCCGGGCCAGCAGCUCGGCGACCUCCUCGCGGCCAAGAAGGGCGCCGACGUGGUCUUCGAGGUCGGCGGCGAGACGUUCCCGGCGCACCGGUGCCUGCUCGCAGCCCGCUCACCAGUCUUGAGCGCGGAGCUCUUCGGCCCGAUGAGGGAGAGCACCGGCGCCGGCACGGUCCGUGUAUCCGACAUGGAGGCGGGUGUGUUCAGGGCGCUGCUCCGCUUCGUGUACACGGACUCGUGGCCGCCGGAGACAGCGGAGGAAGAGGAAUUCGCCAUGGCCCAGCAUCUGCUCGUGCCGGCCGACAAGUGCCGCAUGGAGAGGCUCAAGCUGAUCUGCGAGGACAAGCUGUGCAAGAACAUCGCGGCGGGCACGGCGGCGAGCAUCCUGGCGUUAGCUGAGGUGCACCACUGCCAUGAGCUCAAAGGUGCAUGCUUCCAUUUCCUCAGCUCUCCGAAGAACCUGACGGCAACCAUGGCCGGCGACGACUUCGAGAAUCUGCGCUCAAGCUUCCCUUCUCUUGUCAAGGAGCUGAUUGCCAAGUGCUCGGCCGACACCUAAGCUCAGUGAUGGUUGAUCGAUCCUCUGAUGCUCACUAAUUAUGCUCUGCUAGCUACCGGUAGUGCAUGAUGGUUAAUUAACUAGUGUACUAGCUAAGGUAUCGCUGGGAACCAUCACAUUACGUCUCUGCUAAUAUGGUAAGCAUGCUUACCAUAUUAUGUCUGGCAUUUAGUAGUUUGCUUGUCAUGUUCAAAAUGGCUACAUCCGCCGUAAUUUCAUUGCAUGUGUGCAAAACCUGCAAAUUAAUCAGUAAUGGAGGGGAUUGUGAGUA